AUGCAGGCUCCACCCAUUUCCCAUUCGCGAGUUCGACAACCCUCAGCAUGGCCGGACGCGGUAAAGGAGGCAAAGGACGUGGCAAAGGAGGCUCGACUAUUCGCCUCCGCAAGGUGUAUCGCGACAACGUCCUGUCACAGAAGGCGUCCCAUUCGUCGUCCUGCUCGACGUGCCGGUGUACAACGACUUUCUGAACUGAUCUAUGACGAGAUUCGAGAUAUUCUACGACGAUUCGUUGAGGAUGUCGUCAGAGCUGCUGUUCUCUACUGCGAGCACGGCAGACGUACUACCGUCACGGCUAUGGAUGUCGUCUAUGCCCUCAAGCGACAAGGGCGUACUAUCUAUGGUUUUGGAGGAUGA